AUGUGCCUCCUCUCACUACUCUCCUUGGUAUUCCUCUCGCAGUCUUAUCCUACCUUUUUCUUCUACCCCUUCCUCGUUUCCCUCUUCACUCUCUCUCUCUCUCUCUGUGGCAACACGGGUCUCUCCACACUCGUCUCCUGCUCUCCAUCCUAUUACACAACUCCCCUCUCCUCCAUUACCCCACUCAAAACCAAGCCAUCCACCUUCCAAUUACCCUUCAGGCCCUCCCGAAUCACUCACCUGACGCACCGCCCCACCACCACCAUCCACCCUGUUGCCGCUGUCGAGGCCCCCGAGAAGAUCGGGAAGCUCGACGAGAUCUCCAGCCUCACCCUCAUGGAGGCCCUCGCCCUUGUGGACUACUUGCAGGGCAUGUUGGGGGUCUCCACGGCCGAGUUCAGCCCAACGGUGGUGGCCAUGGCGCCCUUAGCAGGGGGAGACGCAGGGGGUUUGUCGAAGGAUGAGGCAGAGGACGCAAAGAAGCCGCUCGAGGUGACUGAUACUGAGACGAUAGAAAGUGAUCACUGUAGGGUUAAAUUAAAUUGGACGGGCUCGGAGAAGGAGAAGGAGAAGGAGAAGGAGCGAAACCGCUUACUAAAAACCGGAGAAUUCAGGUCAAAUGAAGAUCGGUAA